AAGAAUGUGCAAUGUGUAUAUAAUAUUGCCUAUAAUAUUGAUUAACAUUUCAAUUUAAUUAAUUAUAUUGAUUAAUGUAGAAAAUUAAUAAGGCCAGAGGCUUAAAAAUUCCCACGGGAGUGAAACCGUGGUAGUCGCUAUUAAUUACUGCAUAAGAGUUUGGUAUAACAAAAACAAAAUAAAGAGGAGAGUACAUAAAGGUUUAUCUCCGUUCAACUCCAUCGAUGUGCGUUGCCCUUAGGUUUAGGGUUAUCACUAAGUCGAACUACAAAAACGGCACGAAUUUCGCAUACAGCUGCAUAAUUCUAACAAUCGCCGGUCCAAGAUGUUCCGUCUACUUGUGUUGUGUGCAAUUUUAACUUAUGUGAAACCAUUCUUUAGACAUUGUCACACCCAUCCGCCGUUUCAUGGGAAUCCGUGCCCUGGAAUAAUUGACACUGAUCAGGACUCUAUGCUGGAAUCCAGCGAAGAAGAUUCCCAGCCAUACAGAGGACACUGUCAUACCCAUCCACCUUAUUAUGGAAACCCAUGCCCUGGAAUUAAUGUGCAUCCUGCCCCGGACUCUCAACAGGAAUCCAACGGAAAUUUCCAGCCAUACCGAAGACACUGUCAUACACACCCACCGUUUUAUGGAAACCGAUGCCCUGAAGUGACCGGAACUUCUGAAAAACCAAACAUAGAAACACAGCUGCAAAUAAUCGAACGGGAAGUAACUAAACAAGACGAAAAAUUCGCACAGUUUUGCAGAGAAAAUUCGAAACUUGCGGCAGAAUUAUACGGAACUGACAGUUACUUCCUCAAAUAUAUUCUGCCUGAAGUUGGAUACUCGAAAGUUACGAUUCAAAUCGUGCACAAAUUCAUACAUACUACAGUUACAGAAACAAAUGGUAGCAACAAGAUCAUCUUUGAAGACGUGAAGGUUGUACCGGAUAUAGCGAACUGUCAUGCCGCUACAUGGACGUUCCAUAAUAACAAAUACCUGCAAAUUACGAUCCCUUACAAAGUGCGUCUAGGAACGGAAUAUCCUACCACUUGUACAGUUGUCAAUAAUAACAUCAUAGAUGUACCAGUCGUGCUUUACCCUGGAUUCGAUUAUAGGCAUAAUGUAUAAUGCGUUCAAAAAUAAUAGAAUAAAUGGUCGUCCAACAUAUUGCGAUAUCUUAGAUAGAAAUACUUAUAUUUGGAUUCCUUGAACACGAAUGCCCAAUUAAAAAGUGAAGCUUUUGAAGUGAAAAGUUCUGUAGUACCGCUAUGAUUUGAAACUCAAUAAAACGAAUCUUACACGAACUGCACA